GCGGACAAUUGUAUCAUUUAUUGACCCAGCUUUGCAGAGAUACUAAAAGGCGCUUCCUUUCGGUUAGGAAUAGGCACUUUAAAGGCUAGAGGAAAGGUUAUCUGGAUUGAUCCUGGUUUUAUUGCUCUUGUUCUUGACCACGUUUCAGAAAGACAAUGAAGAACCCAACACCAGCCAGUUUGCUUCUGUUACUCAUUUCCUUCUCAGGGGUCCUGUCUGAAACAAACCUCCAGCAGAAGGUGUUUGUUUUCCCAGAAGAAUCGGACAGUGCCAUGGUGGUUGUGCAGGCCUCGAUUCUGGAGCCACUGACCAGCUUCACCGUGUGCCUGAGAUACUACUCACUCCUGACCCGUGAAUAUAGCCUCUUCUCUUAUGCUACAAAGGAACAGUUCAACCAAAUCCUGGUCCUCAAGCCCAGUCCAAACCAAUACAGGAUUUAUCUUGGGACGGUUUUUGUGACCUUCAUCCUUCCGGAAAAAAAGGACUCUAAACCCGGUUGGGAGCACAUCUGUGUGAGCUGGGAGUCUGCCACGGGAUUAGUGGAAUUGUGGUUGGAUGGGGAGCCAUUGCCACGAAUGGGGCUGCUGAAAAGCCAAUGUAUCAAUCCUGAGGCAAAUAUUGUACUUGGGCAAGAUCAAGACUCCUUUGGAGGUGGCUUUGAUGCCAGCCAAUCCUUUGUAGGAGAGAUGAAGGAUGUGUACAUGUGGAAGAGGGUUCUGAAUGCCGACGAAGUGGGCCUAGUCUUGAGUGACUACGUUCUUUCUGACUAUCUGAUUAACUGGAGAGCGUUAAAUUACGAAAUCAAGGGUUAUGUUGUCCUUCAGCCUUCUCAAACGCCUUCUCCGUACGGAGUUCAGUCAUAAUCAUAUACGUGCCUUCAGCGGCGGCUCAACCAUUACGCAAAGUAAGCAUUUGCAGUACAGUUGAUUUUGCCCAGGGGCGCUCUUGAGGCGCUCUUGGGAGAAAAUAGACCUUGACAUAUGCAAGUUGUAGUUACUGGGAUGUACAGUUCACCUACGUUCAAAGAGCAUUCUGAACUCCACCAAUGAUGGAAUUGAACUAAAUAUGGCACACAGAACUCCCAUGACGAACAGAAAAUAUAUAUCAGUGAUUGGUUGGAGGGGGCACCACAAUACUGUUUGCUUACCAUUGAAAAUUACCCAGGGUCACCUCUGCGUUCCUUCUUCUUCCCAACACUGUUCCAAUAAAGAAAAAUAGCAUCUGA